UGUAGUCACUGAUAGUUGUUUAAAAUCCCGUUUGCGGAAAUAGAAGGGAGUGGGCGGACCAGGGAAUGAAUGUGGCUCUUAUUAACAAAACGAGGAAAUAUCACGAAUUAUCAACAGUUGCCGAACACUGGUCGCUUUACACAACAAAGACAUUAGCGGAAGACAAGGGAUUAUUCUGCUGACUACUUGCUGCGGCUAUUCACCUAGGUCCAGCUCCCCACAGUCCUUCUCACAGAUCUAGUUAUGGCGACAUCUGCUGGAGACAGCAGCAUUUUAGAGGAAGAGCUGACGUGUCCAGUGUGUCUGGAGCUUUACCGCGAUCCCCACCUGCUGCCCUGUGGUCAUAACUUCUGUCUGCCAUGCCUACGGAGACUCAGGAGCCGCUCAGAUCACGGCCGUUUGCGAUGUCCAGAGUGCCGACAAAGUCACCGCAGCUCAGCCAACUGGCAGAAGAACUUCAAGCUGGCCAACAUUGCUGAUGGUUUCCGCCGUCGUGGCCAAUCAGAGCGCGCUGCCCAGAGCCGGAGCAACCCAUCUCCCAGACCUGCUGAGGUACGCUGUGAUUACUGUCCAGGGGAUAGCAGUGAAGAUGGGAAAGGUCCCAUGGCAGUUAAAACCUGCCUGAAGUGUGAAGUGUCCAUGUGCCCAAAGCAUGUUCAGCCUCAUUUGGAGCUCCCGGCUUUCCGAGAGCACCCGCUGGUGGAACCACUCAAUGACAUGAGGAAGAGGAAGUGUUUGGAACAUGAUGAGAUGUUCCGGUACUACUGCAUGGAUGAGCGGUUGUUCCUCUGUAAUGCUUGCACCAUAGAGGGAACGCACAAUGGACAUUGCAUCAAAACGCUGAAGAACACCAUGAAAGAUUUUAAGGUUUAUCUUGACAUUCAGCUGCACAAGACGAACAGAAAGAUCCUAAAGGCAGAAAAAAAUCGACUAGAACAAAAAGAGAUUGAACGGCAUAACAAGGCCUACCGGGAUGACACAGACCAACACCUAGAUGCUUUCCGAGAGACUUCUAUUGUACAUCUGGAUGCUUUUUUAUCUUCGCUGCGUGAAUGUGUCAGCACCUAUGAUAGUGAGCAGUGUUCUGGAAUCCAGCAGAACCUUAGUCGAAUAGCACAAGAUCAAACUCGUCUACAAGAGGUUCACUCAGGCUUUGAGAGGCUUCUACACGAGAGUGACGCUUUCCAGUUCAUUAAGGAUUACAAUUCAUCUAUGAAAAGGUACCAGAGACAGUUAAGAAAACCUCUGUUUUUCCCUGACGAGCCCACAGUCGACACUGAGCCGUUGUACGAAACUAUGGAAGGGAAGAUGGGGGAGUUCAUUGCUGAAUUGCGUCAGCACGCCAGCACACUCAUCAGCACACUCUGUGAGUCUAAGACCUGCUUACAGCUGCUAUUAACGUCCGUCUCAAGUGGUGAAUUUGAAGGGGGAGAUGGUGAGGAGGAGGUGGAUGAUGAUGAUGAAGAAAGUUUUGAUGAUGACGAUGAUGAUGAAAAUGAAAGUGACGCAGAGGGUGAGGAGGAGAUGAGGAGUGAGGAGGAAGAGGAGCAGCACCUCACUGAGUCUGAAGAUGAAGAAUAUACCCCAGAGGAGGAAGAUGAUGAUGAAGAGGACUAGAAGAAGGGCUGGAUAAAGAUAAUCUGCACUUGAGUUCCCAGAACCAAAGUCUUCAUAUGAGGGUGAUUCGGUGUGGCAAAUGAGCCACCAUUUCGCUUGAUCUUGCAUAUAAAAUUUAUAAUGCAGUGGACUGGCAUUUGAUGAGUGUGUGCACACAUGUAAUGAGAGUCAGUAUUCGUUCCUGUAAUACGAUGUUUUGGUGAAAUUUUUUUUGCUGUUAUUCAAACCAAAUACACGUUUUUUCAAGAGAUAUUUCAAUUACACAAUAUUAUCAACAGGAAGUGACAAGGUGAGGUUUAUAUAUUUAUGAAAAUGGGUUGUGUGUUGAACCUGACAUACUUACUCUGUGAAUGAAAACUACUUUCGGUGAUGUUGAUAUUAUGUUUAUGACAGUAUUUAUUUGUCUGAGGGGGGAAAACUAGAUUCCAGUCUGGUAUGUUUCAAAGCUCAGGGUAAUGCAUGUUAACAUGAUGUCAAUUUGCGAUGGGCUUAAUUUUGCACCUAUUUUCCAGUAAUUUUGUAAGAAGAGGUGAUGUGUUGGGAAAAAAAAUGUAUAAUAAAAUAUAGUUUCUUAAAAAUAAACUGUUUUGUGGCUAAAACACUGAACAAA